GGAUAUAGUGCAGACUUUCAGACUACAGUAGAGGUUAACUAUUGCUAUGUUUUGACUGUAGAACUUGAAUAUGUGUUUAAUUUUUUGUGAACAGAUUGAUGAUUCUUCUGCAUCUGUGUCUUUAGCCCAGCUUACUAAGAUUGCCAAUCUGGCUGAAGCCAAUGCUUCCGAAGAAGAUAAAAUAAAAGCUAUGAUGAUGCAGUCUUGCCAUCAGUAUGAUCCAGUCAAUUACAUGAAGAAACCCUUGGGUCCACCUCCACCCACAUAUACUUGCUUUCGUUGUGGAAAACCUGGCCACUAUAUAAAGAACUGCCCAACAAAUGGGGACAAGAACGUUGAGUCUGUUCCCAGAAUGAAAAAGAGUACAGGAAUUCCAAGGAGUUUCAUAGUGAAGGUGAAAGAUCCCAAUACAAAGGGUACUGACAAACACUGGAAAGUAUGCAAUACCAACUAUUAAUGCGUAUUAGAACAGCAUUACUAGAAUCUGAGGAACAUACAUGCCCAAUGUGUCAUCAGACAGGUGUUUCUCCUGAUACUUCAAUUGCCAACAAGCUCCUACGCUAGGCUGCGAACAACUUCAAAAAUGGAACUGGCUACAGCAAGCAGCUUGAGCAGCAACAGCAGCAGCAGCUGCCACUUCCACUGCCUCUGCCACCACUCAUGAGACAAACAGUAACACACAACCUGCAGCCUCUACUCUGGCCAACAAUUUCCAGAGAGCAGGAUCCACUAACGUCUCUGCUGGCUCCUCAUUCUGCUGCUGCUUUGUCAUUGUUGGCCCCUGGUCAGCCACCUGUGGCAGCUGGGCUGCCAGUAAAUCUGUCUUCUGUCAUUGCCUCUGAUGUCCCUCCAGCAGUGUCCCUAUCUCUCUGUGCUGAAAAGCCAGAUGGACCUUUUCGUGAUGCCGGUGUAGUUCUACCUCCUGCUGCUCUGGUGACUGCUGCCGAACUUUCUAAAUCAUCCUCUCUGUCAGUCAUCAGUUUGUUGGAAGAGGAGGGCUAUCAUGUUCCUGUAUUAAGACAGCGAAGUCUUCUGGGCUCCCAAGGACAAUCAAUACCCACAACUGGUCAUCCAACGAAAGCCAGUACAAUUCACUCAGCAGGUGGCAGACCAGGCCAGGAACUAAGUUCAAAUCGAGGAUGCCCACACAGUGAACGUACUCAAAGGACUCAAGCCCCAACUCUACCAGCAUCAACAUCAGUCUUUGUGCCUGUGCCCCCACCUCCCUUGUAUCCUCCACCACCUCAUGCACUUCCUCUUGCAUCGUGGGUACCACCACCACCAUUUCCUCCUCAGUUUCCACCUGGUCAGCCUCUGUCUACUGGGUGCACUGUCUCCCCUCCAGGAUAUCUCUCAGCUCCUGAAAACAUGUCAUCAGUUUGGGUGCCAACAGCAGUACCAGCAGCUCAUUCAAAUACCAUCCCAAUGACACAAGCAUCCCCAUUAUCUAGGGAGGAUUUUUACAGAGAACAAUGGAGAUAUAAAGAGGAGGGAAAGAAAAAGUCCAGACUUGAUGAGUUUACAAAUUAUUUUGCUAAGGAACUGAUGGAAUAUAAAAAGGUUCAAAAGGAGCAUAGGUGUUUGUUUUCCAGGUAACUGCUUUACAUGUUGUAAUGGAGAAGCAGAUUGUCUAGAAGAGUCAGGAGCAGUUCCACUCCACCUCUCUAUUGUUAGAUGGAUUGGAUGGUCCAAGGGAUUAGCAAUGAGAGGAAUUUCAUGCGUAGGUUACUAGCUCGAAUGUGGCAGAGAUUACAGUUGACUGAUAGUUAUAAUUUGGCAGCAGUUGCUAAGGAGCAGAUGUAUCUUUAACUAAAGCUUCUCUGAAAUAACAUCCUUCACCUCCUGACAGCUGUGAGGAGGCUAGAACCUGAAUAGGUGUAGUUGCUGGAUUUUCUGCUUCUCCUGAUUCUGAUUGUAACCAUUACCUCAAAGCACUUCAGAGGAGAUAUGGGAGAGAACCUAUCUUCAUUUACUCUUUUGUUUAUCACUUGUGGAUACAUGGAGAGAUUUUAACCUGGACUACAAACUGGUGGCUUUCACUAGUAUUUCAUUGACAUUAAUAAUUUUUUCUUAGAAAUUGUUUGUAAGGAAAUCUUAAAUUGGUGAACAACGUUGGGAAUAUGUGGAAUAAUGUGAAAUGGUUAUUUAAAAAAUAAUAAAAGAAAAACUUGUGAAGAAAGAA